CCCAAGUUCGCCUUCGCAUUCGACAUCGACGGCGUCCUCCUUCGCUCCUCUGCGCCCCUCCCCGGCGCCUCCCAAGCCCUCUCCUACCUACACCAAGAACAAAUCCCCUACAUCCUCCUCACCAACGGCGGCGGCAAAACCGAACUCGCGCGCAUCACCGACCUCAAUCGCAAACUCGGCAUCGAUUUCCUCCACGAAACCGACAUUGUUCAAAGCCACACGCCCUUUACCCAGCUCUGGGGCCUCAAAUCCAAUGGGAUGACGGUAUUGGUGUGUGGAGGUGAUCGGGAUGGGGCGAAAGAGGUGGCCAAAAGCUAUGGGUUUGAGAAUGUCGUGACACCGGGGGAUUUGGUGGUGGGGUAUCCUGAACUGUGGCCGUUUAAUGCGCCGUUGAAGGAGUAUUAUGAAUCUUUUGCGGAGAAGUUACCGAAGCCGCUGUACUCGCCUACGGGGAAUCCGGUGCUGGAUGCAAAAAAGACGUUGAAGAUUGAUGCGGUGUUUGUGUACAAUGAUCCGAGGGAUUGGGGGUUGGAUGCCUCCAUUAUACUCGAUUUGUUGUUGAGUGAGAAGGGUUUUUUGGGGACGUUGAGCGAGAAGAACGGGAGGGAGGACUUGUCGAAUUGUGGGUUCUUGCUGGACGGGCAGCCGCAUGUGUUCUUUUCGAACCCGGAUCUUUGGUGGGCGACUUCGUAUCAUCUGUCGCGGUUGGGACAGGGUGGGUUUCAGGCUGCACUGAAGGGGCUUUGGGAGAGGGUCACGGAGGGGAAAGCGAGCUUGGAGAGGCAGGUCACAGUGAUUGGGAAGCCAACCCAGUUAACUUAUGAGUUUGCUGAGCAGAGCUUGAGAGAGCGAGAGCACGUGGAUGUUAAGAGGGUUUAUAUGAUUGGAGACAAUCUAGAAAGCGACAUUGCUGGAGCGAAUGGGUAUGAGAGUCCGUGGGGAAGUGAGUGGAAGAGUGUAUUAGUGAAGACGGGCGUAUGGCGAGACGGAAUGGAGUGGAAAGAGAACCAGAAGCCAUAUGCGAUCAAAGAGAAUGUCCUCGAAGCUGUUAAAUGGGCGGUUGAGGAUGCGAAGAAGAAG